GAAUAUAUCUAUGUCUAUGCAUCUUAAAACUGAGCAAUAAAAAAAAACACCAUGUUUAUGGUUAGAAUUAGGUCACACAAACAUUUCGAAAUAAUUUAAAAAUACAAGUGAAACAAAUUUGCUACCGAUAUGACAAGAUAUUGUAGCUAGUUUAAUGGGCAAUUCGCAAACAAAGAGCACACAGCAGCGGAACAACAAAUCUACGCAUUCAAACCGUGACGGACAAGCCUUCUCAAGUCAGUUUAGCCUGUCCCAUUUCGUUGGUAACCUCAGUGGGCGCUCGCUGGUCAGCGUUACGAGUAACCAGUCCGUGUACAGCGCAUCGCGUCCUUGGUCUCGCGUUUCACGACGAAGAUGGAAUGACUCAACAUUGACCAAUCCCUUUGAAGCCAGUAAGACAGCCUGGCCGGUGGCACAUAAAGAAUCAAUAUUCCUACCAGAAUUCCCAAUAUCAUCUGACUUGCUACAAAAAGAUUUUGAAAUAAAGGAGACAAUAGCCAAAGGUGCCUUUGGUCACGUGUACAAAGUAAACAAAGUUACAGAAGACAAAGAUUUUGCUUUGAAAGUUCUCAGCAAAGCCCAGGUCCUCGGUGAUAAUGCAGUAAGGCAGGUGAAAGAAGAAGCGCGUAUCCAAAGUGCCUGUGGACACCAUUCCUUCAUCGCUGGGGCUGUGUCGCGCUGGCAGACUAAGAAGAGACUGUAUAUUGUUUCAGAAUUAAUUCCGUGCGGGGAGCUGCUAGCUUUGCUGGAUCGAUACAAGGUUAUCCCUGAGGAGCUCGUCAAGAUCUUCGUUGCCGAGAUUGCUGUAGUUAUAGAUUUCCUCCACAACGCCGGCGUGAUUUACCGCGACCUUAAACCAGAAAACAUCCUACUUGAUAACAACUACCACAUCAAGCUCAUAGACUUCGGGCUCUCCAAGUGGCUCUCCAUAGGCUCGCGGACCACCACCCUCUGUGGCACCCUGCAGUAUAUGGCCCCUGAAAUACUGAGUCGAGAGCCUUACGGCCAUGCAGUGGACUGGUGGUCUUUGGGUGUCGUCGCUUGUCGAAUGCUGACUGGUCAAUUUCCAGUGCCUGCGGCUGCGCGCAGAGCAACGAGCCAUGCGGAUGAUACUGACGAUGAAAAAGACAUCACAAAUCAAGAGCAGCCUGUACCGGGCACGUUACCACCAAACGCAGAACUGUCGAAACCCGCCCGCGGCUUGCUGGUGCGUCUCCUCGAUCGCGAUCCCCGGGUUCGCAUGAAGAGCUUGAGGCAGUUGGAGCAGUCGGCAUUCUUCAUGGGGUACAAGUUCGACCAUGUAAAGGCUAUGAAGGUGACUCCAAGAUCCAUUCUCGAACGCUAUUUUCCGGAUGGACCUGAUUGCACUGAAAAAAGCGAAGACGAUGAUCUGCACUUCGAAAACUUUGAAUCUACUUAAACUUCCAGAAAACUAAUGAUAAAUUCUUAAUCAUUCCAUU